GACUCUCGAGCAGCAGUGCAGCAGCACCGCACAGACGCCAGCGGACACGCGCGGUCCGACAGAAAUGCCUCGAACCCGGAUCGCACCUGGACCGGCUCUCGCUUUCUACAGUAACCCGGCGCUCUAACGCGCGCAUCGGACGCGCGGACGGCCUUUUAAACGCGCCGCGCGGCUCUUCAGAAAUGUUCAGUGCACCUGAUGUACCGUGUCCAUUUCUGAAAAGCGGCAAGUAAAUCGACAGAAUGUGCGGUGUCUCUCGCUUCAGACUGUUCUCUUGAUUUUGUUAAUAACAGACUGCAAUGCGAGCAGACGAUGUGGCGAUCUUAAUCCGGAUAAAAUAAUGACUCUUACGGAUUAACGCCUUGACUGUCACUGUAUUUAUUUUUUAUCUGUCGGCAUCGGAGAAAAGAAGUAGAUCGUCAGCCAUCUGCCUUUACCAUUCAUUUUUUUAUAUUACAGUCAAAGUACAAUAAUAUCGUGAAGAUGGCGACUGGAGCGGGCUGGCAGCAUUACUACAACCCCGCUGGCAGCGCAUCGACUGGAACGGGGAAAUAUAACAGCACUUCAACAUCCACCAACACGUCCUUCCCGUCGGGUUUAACCCUCGAGUACACACAAGACCUCCACCUGAAGAUGAGCAAGAAGAUAGCACAGUUGACCAAGGUGAUCUACGCCCUCAACACCAAGAACGACGAGCACGAAGCAGCUAUCCAAACCUUGAAGGAGGCCCACGAGGAGGAGGUGCAGCAGAUCCUGUCAGAUACGCGGGAGAAGAUCAUGCAGUACAAAAGCAAAAUCAGCGACGAGAUGGACCUGAAGCGUCGCAUUCAGUCCCUGGAGGAGUCCAUGGAACUUCACGAUCGAAUGAAGAAGCAGGCGCUGACAGAGUUUGAGACGUACCGUCAGCGGGUAGAGGACAUGCAGCUGUGUACGGAGGCGCAGCACACGCAGCGCGUAGUCACCAUGUCGCGUGAGGUGGAGGAAAUGCGGCGCUCUUUCGAGGAGAAGCUGCGCUCUUUCGGACAAUUGCAAGCGCAGUGUGAACAAGAGAAACGACAGGCUCUGGAGGAGCUGCGUUCUGCCCAUCGACAAGAGAUCCAAGAACUUCUUCGUUCACACCAAAGCCAGAAUGCCCACUACAGCAAAGACCAGGAGAAGCUGGGACAGCUUCAUAAAGCCGAGGUGGACUCACUGAGCGAGAGGGUGGAGGAACUGAAACAGGACAAGAAGCGUCUGGUGGAGGAGUACGAGGCCAAGCUCAAUAAAGCCCAGGCUUUCUACGAACGCGAACUGGAGGCCAUGAAGCGCACUCAACAGAUGACCGCCGAGAACCUGCUGGCCUGGAAGAAGACGGAGGCGGAGCUGAGGAAGGAGUUUCAGGCACAGGAAGCGGCGCUGCAAAAGACACUGGGAAAGUUGCGCAGCGAGCUGAAGCGUGUGCAGGACGAGGCCAGAGAGAGCAGAGAGAAAUCGCAUAAACUGCAGGCCUCGCUCAUCACAGCAGAGAAUAGCAUUAAGGAGCAGCAUAAACAGUUAGAGGAGGUGACCAAGAACACAGAGAUCGUGGAGAUCCGGCAAAGAGAGGCUGAGUGUGAGCUGGAGGCUUCCAGAGACCGAGUCCAACAGCAGGCAACUGAGAUCCUCCUGAAAGCCAGUCAGAUCGGUAGCCUGCAGGCCACUCAGAUGACCCAUGAGGCCGUCAUACGAGAUCUUGAAUCCGAAAAAUCCCGACUGAAAGAUAAAGUAUUACGUCUGGAAGAGGAACGAGGGUCUUUGCAAAAUAAAUGCCAGACGCUGGAUGACAGACAGAGACAGCAGCUCGUCUCUCUAGAGAAGUCUCUUCGAGAGGAAAAACAGAACUAUGAGAAGGAGCUGAUGAACCUCCGUGCCAAAUAUGACGAGGACACGGGUCACUUUAAGGACACCCACAGCCGGGCGCUGGAAGAGCUUGCACGGAAACACCGGGUGGCUUUGGAGAACACCCAGAGCACCGCGGAGAAAGAGAAGAACAGACUGCUGUCCGAGAUGGAAGAGCAGUUUGAAAGGGAGCGGACGUCCCUAGAGGAACAGAAGCGUCUUCUACGAGAAGGACUUGAGAGUCUGCGUGAGGAACUCGCGGCCAAACUCAACAUGGCCAACAGUGAGGUGAGUCGACUCCAGGAGCUGGUGAAGCAGGGAGAACAGGGUCUCGGCUCCGCUGAUUCACACAUCACCAGUCUGAAGGAUGCUCAGAAGAAACUUCUAGAAGAGCUGGACGCCACAAGAGCAAGAUUGAGGGAGACCAGCAACCUCCUAACAGCCCUUCAGGGGGAGAUGGAGACUCAGAAACAACAGCACGAUGCCAAACUCAUCUCUACCAAAGAGGAAGAGAAGCUGAAGAUGGAUAAGAUGGCCCUGGAGCUGGAGCUGAAGUGGACAGAGACUCUCAGGCAGGAAUGCAAGAAGCUGCGAGAGGAAUUGCGCGAGGAGCACGAGGAGAAGAAAAGGUCAGCUCUAAACCAGCUAGCACAGAGUAAAGAUCAAGAGAUGUGCACAGCUAGAGAGAGCUGGCAGAGGAAGGUGGAGGACCUGCUGGAACAGAUUUCCCUUCUGAAACAGAGCCUUGAGAUGCAGCUGUCCCAAUCCCAGCAUUCCCUGCAGCAGCUGCAGGCUCAGUUCAGUCAGGAGCGGGAGCACCUGGGCCAGCAGCUGCAGGAGAUGGAGAUGGAGCACCAGUGCAGAGAGCAGCGGAUGCAGGAAGCUCACUGCUGCGCCGUACAGGACAUGCAGGAGGCUCGCCACCACGACCUCAAGGAUUUAGAAGAGCGUCUCCGCCAGCAACAUCACCUCGAGCUUCAGUCUCUGCGAGAAGCUCACAGACAGAACAUUGAGACGCUGAAACAACAGUCAGAACAAGAACUGCAGACUCUCCGCUUCGAGCUGGAAGACGAGGGAAAGGCCAUGCUGGCAUCCUUGCGUUCAGAACUGAACCACCUCCACGCAUCAGCUAUCGAACACAUGCGUCACACCCAUCAACAAGAAACAGCAGCUGCCAAGCAGGAACUGGAGAAGGCUCUGGAGCAGAGCAGAGUACAGGAACGAGAGCUGUUGAGUCGCAUCUCUGAUCUGCAAGAAGAGGUCAGUCGCAGGAAGAAACACAUCGCCGAUCUGGACCACGAGAUUCACACCCUGAACGAGAACAUCAGCACUUUGACCAAGGAGCUCGAACUGAAGGGCAAAGAGGUUCUGAAGAUCCGCAGUGAAGCCAACCAGCAGAUCAGGGCUCAUGAGCAAGACUUGUGUAAGAAACACGAGAGAGAGAUGGCCGAGUUGAACGCACUCCACCAUAGAGAGACGCAGAACAUGCUGUCGGACUUCAACAAGGCCCAGGAACUUCUGAAGGACAAGAUCUCCGCCCUUCAGAUUCUGUUGGAGGGAACGGAGGACAAAUUCCGUAACCGGGAGAGUCGACACGAAGACCUGCAGACUAUAGCCGAACUGAAGGAAAUGGUGUCCGAGAGAGAAUCGCUGGUCAAGAAGCUGGUGGAUGAUAAAAAGUUUUACCAGCUUGAGCUUGUAAACAGAGAGACCAACUUCAACAAAAUCUUCAACACAAACCCCAACGUCGGUGUCAUUAACCCUCUUGUUAAGCAAAAGCGAAAGAACGACAAAUCAUCCAACCGAUUCAGCAGCUCAGCCAAUCUUAGGGCCAAUGGGGAGGCCUCAGGAACAGAGAGUGUCCAGCCCCAGCCCACCCGCCUCGAACCCUUACCCAACUCCCCCGUUCACCAACUGGAGCCUAAUACGAGCAAACCCCUGCCCCCACCUGCCCCUCUCACCGAAUCCAAGAAAUUGACGAGGACGUGUCAUCACAUCUGAUGCGGUGUGGCGUGUUUCUGCUCUGAAUCUAAAUAAGUUGCAGCCCUCCUGAAGGAGAAGAUUCACCCGGCACCUCUCCAGACCCCCAGAGACAAGAAUGGUUUGCUCAGUACUUCUCCUUCUGACCUUUGCAUUUAAAGCAUGUCAACCGAACCAAACAAAAAAGACAAAAAAAGUGAUAUCUUCUUUAAAAACACAUUCUUUCAUUUGUUCUUUAAGUUCCUCACUGUGAAUGCGUUUCUUGUUUUUACAGUGAUGAUAGGUAUGUUUGACAUUUCAUUUAACCGCAAUUUCUAUAGAGUGGUGCAUAUGCUGCUAACUACUAUUUGUUUAAAAAAAGAUAAAGUUAUAGUCUCUACAGUAUCUAAUUUUAGAAUGCCACCGUAAUGACUUUGUUACAGCUGCAUAUUCAAUUUUGGUAGGAUUAAACCGUUUGUAUGGAUGUCUCAACACAGAUAUAAUGAUGUCUCACUAAUUUUAAAAGAAAUACAUAUUUUAUAUUUAUAUUACUGGUGUAUGCGUAAGAAUAAAUAAUUAUUUGUUACAUUUAA